AUGUCAGAUCUUUUGGUGAACAGCCACAAUGGCCACCUGACGGCGAGCCAGCGCAUUCCGGCCAUGGCUCGCCCCUUUGUGAGCGAGAGGGCAGCAAAGACAUUGGAUUUGGUAGAGAAGUUCGUCGAAGAAGAAUGUAUCCCAGCCGAUGCCGUCUACCUCCGCCAGAUUGGCGAAACCACGCAGGAACGCUUCACUGCACACCCCAGCAUCAUUGAGGACUUGAAGAAGAGGGCAAGGGAGCUCGGGCUGUGGAACAUGUUCCUCCCUGCGAAUCAUUUCAAGGAAGGCGCUGGGUUCAGCAACCUCGAAUACGGCCUCAUGGCCGAGUACUUGGGCAAAAGCCGAACAGCAAGCGAGGCUACCAACUGCGCGGCUCCGGAUACUGGAAAUAUGGAAGUGAUAGCCAAGUACGGCAGCGAGGCUCAGAAGAGGAGGUGGCUCGAUCCUUUGUUAGAGGGAAAGAUCCGAUCUGCUUUCCUGAUGACAGAGCCUCAAGUCGCGUCUAGUGAUGCCACCAAUAUUGAGAUGACUAUCACAAGAGAUGGUGAUUCAUACGUCCUUAAUGGCUCGAAAUGGUGGUCUUCGGGUAUUGGCGACCCUAGGUGUGAGGUUUACGUUGUGCUCGGAAAGACAGACCCCAACAACGCAGACAAGUACAAGCAACAAUCCGUCAUCUUGGUACCUCACGAUGUACCUGGCAUCACCAUCCACCGUAUGCUGUCCGUUUUCGGCUUCGACGAUGCCCCACAUGGUCACGGUCAUGUAACUUUCACUAACGUGCGAGUUCCUGCCUCAAAUAUGGUUUUGGGUGAAGGCAAGGGAUUUGAGAUCAUUCAAGGCCGUCUUGGCCCUGGUCGCAUCCACCAUGCCAUGCGAAGCAUUGGAGGCGCGGAGAAGGCCCUUGAGUGGUUCCUUGCGAGAAUCAAUGAUCCGAAGAAGAAGCCAUUUGGAGAGAUGCUACACAAGCAUGGUAUCAUGCUCGACCGUGUCGCACGCAGCCGAAUUGAGAUCGACGCUGCCCGGCUUGCUGUGUGCAAUGCCGCCAUCACAAUCGACCAAUCCAAUGCCAAGGGUGCCCUGAAGGAGAUUGCUGAGGUCAAAGUGAUGGUUCCUGAUGUUCUUCUGACUGUGCUCGACCGCGCUAUACAAGCAUUUGGAGGUGCUGGUGUAAGCCAGGAAACACCGCUUGCUAGUAUGUAUGCCAACGGGCGAACAAUGAGGAUAGUGGACGGGCCGGAUGAGGUCCAUCUGCUACAGUUGGGCAAGAACGAGAACAAGAGGGGUCCAGCGCACAAGAAGAGGUUGGAAGCGCAGAAGCUGAAAGGAGAAGAGCUAUGUAGGAAGUAUGGAAUCGAGCCCAAGGAUCCAUUGUUCUUGGGGCGCUCUACUGGAGAAGCCAAGAGCAAACUGUAA